UUAACAGAUAUCCAAAAAGGAUUGAAAUACAAGUAUAUGCUUUACAAACAGAUUGAAAAGAACAAUGUCUUGAGUUAUUCUAAUAAAACUCAAUUUUACGUUGAUGGAAAUUGGAUUAAUAUAAGUGACAGGAACAUAGACCUUCAUGGUAAUUUCAAUAAUUUCAAAUACGUUAUUCAAGCAAAAUGGAAAUCAUCAAAUCAAUUUAUUAUUGUUGAAAGAUUUAUUGGUACAAUGGUUGAUCAACUUAAUAAAUUUGGUUUUUUUAUUUCAGAUGUUGGAUAUUCUGAAAAAGCCAUUAAUCAUAAAUCAAUAAUUAUAGCAACUAUUUUAGACCCACAAGCAAAAUUAUCAAAUUUUCAACCAG